AUGCGUCCCACAGCGCUUGGUGCGGCUGCGGGGUUGGCUUUCGCCGCCCUAUCUGCCGCCGAACCCAAAGCCAAACCCGAACGCCCACACGUCUUCUACCCUCGAUUCGUCAAGCGGCAAUUCUUCAACUCGAGUGUCUCGAGGACGCAAAGCAUCCCUACCACAUCCGAUGAGUUGUCCUCAUCGUCGUCCUCAUCGUCGUCGUCGACUUCCUCUUCUUCCUCCUCUUCGUCGUCUUCUCCCUCAUCGUCGUCGUCCUCCACUUCUACCUUCAAUUUCCUUUCCACGGGAGUAGAGAGUACAUCAUCAAGCAAGAGUUCAAGCAUAGAUAGCACCUUGAGUGAACUUAUCUCCGACAUCCUCUCUGGAAUUUCUUCGAAGCAUGACAGCACCUCAAGCAUGACGACUUCUGGAACCCAUUCUUCGACAACGAGCUCUGACACGACGACGAGUUCUGACACGACAAGUAGCUCUGACACGACGAGCUCUGACACGACGACGAGCUCUGCGACGACGAGUUCAGACACUACGAGGAGCUCUGACACAACGACGAGCUCUGACAAGACGACGACCUCGGAUACGACGAGCUCUGACAAGACGACAACCUCGGACACGACGACAACAUCGGACACAACGACCUCAGACACGACGAGCGCCGACACAAAGAGCUCGGAUACGAAGAGUUCUGAUACAACAUCAAGCUCUGAAACUACAAGUUCUGAGACGACAAGUUCUGACAAGACAACGACAUCUGACACGACGACGAGCGCUGACACGAGAACCUCGGACACAACGACGACCUCAGAUACGACAAGCGCCGACACAAAGAGCUCGGACACGACGAGUUCGGAUACAACGUUAAGCUCUGAAACUACAAGUUCUGAGUCGACAAGUUCUGACAAGACGAUGAGCUCUGAGAUGACGAGCUCUGGCACUACAAGCUCCGAAUCAACAAGCUCUGAGACGACGAGCUCUGAUACGACGAGUUCUGAUACGACGAGCUCUGACACGACAACGACCUCGGAUACAACGACCUCAGAUACAACGAGCGCUGAUACAAAGAGCUUGGAUACAACAAGUACUGACACAAAGUCAAGCUCUGAAACUACAAGUUCUGAGACGACAAGCUCUGACACGACGCAAAAGGUCGAUUCAUCAGACACUUUCAUUACUUCCCUGGAACAUAGUAGCACGUCAACCGAUGCAGCCCUUCCCACUACCACUUCCGAGACCCUGCCGGAGACGCCGAGCUUGGAGUCUUCCACCAAGGAGUCUGUUGACUUUUCGUCAACAUCAGACGGGAUGCACUCGACCAACCCCAGUAAUCUGCCGACGAGCUACGACACAUCCAGCGGGCCCGAAAGUAGCUCUGAAAGCGAGUCGACAAGUCCUGAAAGUUCAUCGAGCAGUGAGAUUGGGCAAUCAACCAACAGCCCCAUCCUGAGCCAUACCGGCGCUGCGUCGACCUCCCAGACAAUUCCUGAUACUACAUCUGAUGGAGUGUCAACAACCGAUUCUGAGACUACUGUCGAUACGACCGCCGUGGAACCUACUAGCAUUGUGUCUACAACGGAGGAGACACCUGGGACUGUCUCCAGCAUUCUGUCCACCAAGCCUGACACCAUAUUUUCCAGUUCACAAAGUCCUUUGACCAGUUACUCCAGUUCCUCCACCGAUGAACAAACCGCAAACACACAGUCGAAUUCGGUGGAGACGACCGCGACCCAUUAUAGCAGCCCGUCUACCAGUUCAGAGUUUCUAUCGACGGAGGACCCAAAGACUUCCACUGAUCAGCCCACGGUCGACCAUACAAGCUCGACGGAGUUGUCUGUAACCGGCACUGUCAUUCCAUCAACCAAACCCGAUGGCCAAUCAUCUACCGAUUCCGAGCACGAGCACUCGACCGGUCUUCCCGUUACUAGCACUGGAGAGACUACUCAGGAGCCGCCUACGAGUAGUCCUGACCAGCGAUCAACUAUCUACUCCGAGUCUACCUCAACGGGCGAGCCUGUUUCUAGCGGCGGAGAGACCUCGAAAGAUCUACCCACAAGUAACCCUGACCAGCAAUCGACUCGUGACGUUGAGUCCUCUACCGAUGAGCCCGUUACUAGUGGUAGUGCGACCUCACAGGAACCACCUUCAACUAGUCCCGAUAAGCAAUCGACUGAUGACGCCAUGUCCUCAUCAACAGACGAGCCUGUUACUAGCGACAGACCGACUUCGCAGGAGCCAGUUACGAGCCAGCAAUCAACUGGUGACGUCGAGUUCUCUACGGGUAGACCUGUUACUACCGGUGAAGUGACUUCGCAGGAGUCGCUUACCACUGGUCCUGGGCAGCUAUCGACUAGUGACUCAGAGUCCUCAUCAACAGAUGCGCCUGUAACUAGUGAGGUACCCACAACUAGUCCUGACCAGCAGUCGUCUGGUUACCCCGAGUCCUCGACUACGGGUGAGCCUGUUGCUAGCAGCGGUACGAUCUCGCAGGAGCCGGCCACAACCAACCCUGACCAGCUAACCACUGAUGACUUUGUGUCCUCGUCAACAGAAGAGCCUGUUUCGAGCGGUGGAACGACUUCUCAGGAGCCGGCCACAACUGGCCCUGACCAAGUAUCGACCGGUGAGGCUGAGCCAUCAUCAACAGAAGAGCCUAUUACCAGCGGUGGAGCGACUUCGCAUGAACCGGCCACAACAGAUCCUGAUCAGCCAACGACUGAUGAUUCCGUGUCGUCAACAGAGGAGCCCAUUACUAGUGGGACAGCGACUUCGCAGGAGCCGGCUACUACCGGUCCUGACAAGGUAUCGUCUGGUGAGGCCGAGUCCUCAUCAACCGACAAGCCUAUUACCAGUGGUGUGGUGACCUCGGAGGAACCCCCUACAACUAGUCAUGACGAGCGUUCGACUGGCGAGCUCGAGUCCUCGACGGGCGAGCCUAUUACUAGAAGCAUUGCGACCUCGGAGGAGCCAGCUACGACUAGUCCCGAUGAAGUAUCGACUGGUGAACCCGAGUCCUCAACGGAACCUGUUACUAGCAUUAGUGAAACUUCAACGACGUACUCGACUGGUGGCUACAAGCCACCGUCAGUGUCGAAGAAGACCUCCACGUCAAGAGUGACCAUCAAGGAUUCCAAGUCACCGCUAUCAAGGACGAAGACAACAACCUUGAAAGUAACGUUAAAGGAUUCCAAGUCACCGCUCUCGAGGACGACGACGAUCACGGACACCCCGUUGAAGACCGUGACGGAGGAUAGCAAGACGCUACUCUCGAAGACAACGACACCGGAUACUCAAGAGCCACUCUCGAAGACGACGAGCUCCACAGACAACCCCCCCGAGUCAACGGUUAAAGGCACAAAGACGCCCCUCUCGAGAACAACGACUUCGGAAGAACUGCCCAUGACUAGUGGUGGCCAAUUAUCGACGGGCAGUCCUGAAUCCUCCACUCACAAGUCUGUCGAUGUUUCUACCGGAGAUAGGUCGGUCUCUAGCAAGACCCCUACCCAUAGCUCUCAGGAGUCAAUUGUGUCAUCUGAGGAGCCUUCUGUGAGCCCCAGCCGUCCCGUGGCGAGCUCGGAUACUGUGCCUCCUACUAGCCCGGACCAGCAAUCGUCUACACCUGCCGAGACUACCUUCCAAUCGGCCAUUUCGAGCACGCAGGAGCCUCCUGGUAGCAGUCCUGAAUUGCCUUCUUCCAGCGACUACCAACAGCCGAUGAGCAGUUCGCAAAUAUCUUCUUCCGGUACUGAUGUUCUGCCCAGCACGGGGGAGAGGCCUGCAUCCAGCUCAGAACUACAGUUUUCUACGCCCGUCAAAUCUUCCUUCCAAUCGGUUAGCCCGAGUUCGCAAGAGCCUCCUGGUAGCAGUCCCGACUUGCCCUCUUCCAGCGACGACCGUCAACCGAUGAGCAGUUCGCCACUCUCUCCCCCCCCUACUGACCUGCCGUCGAACACUGGGGAGGGGCCUGUAUCCAGCUCCGAAUUGCAAUUCUCUACGUCCGUUAGGCCUUCCUUCACGCCGGAUAUCUCGGGCUCACAGGAACCACCCGGCAGCACUCCUGAACAAUCUUCGCCUUCUAGCAGAGAGUCUGUUAGCGAGUCGGUCCCUGCCCCUACGGAUACCGACAUUGUGUCGAGCUCGCCGGAGAUUCCCCCAAGCAGCUAUAGGUCAUUGACGAAUGAUGAAGUGUCACCCUCUGACUCGUUUGUUGCAAGCUCCGGUUCAAAGCCGGCUACAGGCUCAAUAGAGCCAUCGACUACUGGUCCUGAGUCUGUCCCCGAUUCAUCGAUAGAGCGAUCGGUUACACCCCCUACCGGACUAUCGACCACCGGUUCCCAAUUAGCCAGCGAGUCUACUUCUGAUUCGGGCAUCGUCAUUGCCCCAACCGGGAUUGUGUCCAGCACAGCGGAUGUGUCGUCGCUCCUCACCCGCAGUUCGUUGCGAACUGACGCUGAGUCCUCCGAUUCAGUCAUUAUUGCGCCUAGCGGUAUUGUGACUAGCAGUCCAGGAACACUGGCUCCUAGCUACAAUGCGUCAUCACCCCCUCCCGAGUCCGUUCCCGCGUCCGUCUCCAGUUCACCAGGCGCCAUUGCCUCCAGUAGCGGUCUGUUGAGUGAAUCGAUCAGCCCCGGGGAGCCAUUCUCUGCUACUGGCGCAGAGUCUAGCCCUGACUCGACAUUCAUCCCCCCUACUGGUAUUCUGUCUGGCGGCACAGGAUCUCUGCCACUGGGCCUUUCCACGUCGAGCUCGGAUUCGGUCAUCGUUAUUGCCCCAACAGGCAUUGUGUCGACCACCCCAGGGAUAGUAGAGCCUGGGAUUAGCUCCGACAGGUUGCUGUCAAGUGACUCAAAGUCUGCUACAGGACCUGACAUCUUGGUACCACCUACACCGGCUUCAUCGGGUAUUUCUCCUGACACCUCUGACCUGUUCAUUGUCGAACCGACUCCGUCCAUCAACGGCACGGGGGUUGAACCCCCGAUCGUCCCGGUUCCAUCGUCGCCUGAUGGCAGUCCUCAGCCUUCUGUCCCCCCAGUCUUGUCGUCUCCUGAUGGCAGCUCCCCUUACCUCCCAGCAUCGACUCCCGAAGGCAGUCUACAGCCUUCCGUUCCGGUCCCAUCGUCACCAGAUGGUAGUCCCCAACCUUCCGUUCCGGUCCCAUCGUCGCCAGAUGGCAGUCCCCAACCCUCCGUUCCGGUCCCGUCGUCGCCAGAUGGCAGUCCCCAGCCCUCCGUUCCGGUCCCGUCGUCGCCAGAUGGCAGUCCUCAGCCUUCCGUUCCGGUCCCGUCGUCGCCAGAUGGCAGUCCUCAGCCCUCCGUUCCGGUCCCGUCGUCACCAGAUGGCAGUCCUCAGCCUUCCGUUCCGGUCCCGUCGUCGCCGGAGGGCAGUCCCCAGCCCUCUGUUCCGGUCCCGUCGUCGCCGGAGGGCAGUCCCCAGCCCUCCGUUCCGGUCCCGUCGUCGCCGGAUGGGAGUCCUCAGCCCACGCUUCCGGCCCUGUCGUCGCCCGAAGGCAGUCCCUCGCCAACGCCAAUGCAGCCUGGCAGCGUCAUACCUGACUCGAGCCCCUCAUCAUUACCACCUGACUCGGCCCUCCCCAGUGGUGUUCCAGAGUCGACGGCAGCGGUCGUCUCUCCCGAACCUAAACCUGUGGCGAGUUCGGGGGUGGAGGCGCCUGUACCAGUUGCUAACGCGACCGCUUCCUCGAUUGCGCCUGAUGAUUCACCUAAGCCUUCAUCGGCUUCCCCUGAUGGACCUGAUGUCGCACCCUCGCCAUCGUCUGCUGAUUCGCGCAUCCCCAUGGUGACACCGCCGAGCACGGCGAUUGACAUGCCUGGCGCCAACUCCACGAGCAGUUAUGUUCCACCAGACGGCGUGGCAACACCACCCCCCGCAGUCCCCGGCUCCAGCACCAGCUUGUCUAUUCCUACCGACAUGCCGGUCGUCAACGGCACAUCCACCUCGAUCCCGGCCGGCCUGGUCCCCUCGCUGUCGAAGGAUCCGGGCUCCUUGCCGAGCUCGAUGUCCAUCCCUGGCGCUGUCAGCAGCGUGAGCGCGCCUCCCGUUGCCCCGUCCGAGUCGUUAGCCGCCGGGCAGUCGUCGAUGGCUAGCCCGAGCCCCGAUGUGGAUGCCCCCACAGGAAUGAAGCCCGUCACCAGCAUUCGGCCGACGGCGACGGCGCCUGGCUCAGAGAACUGGCUCCCGACGACCAUGGUCGCCGAGCCGUCCAGCUUGUCCUACUCACCGCCGACCGAUCCCGAUACCGCCACCACGGCACUUCCGACUAAUAUCCCCAAGAUCAUUCUCCCCAACGACCCAGACAAGCCGGCACCGGAGGGUAGCGUACCGAUCCAGAUUGGUUUCUUGUAUCCUCUCAACUACCUUUUUGUCGCCAACAACACGGAUGCCGCCGGGCAGAUUUUCAAAUACCUUCCCAUUGCCCUGGCCAGUGCUGGCGGUUUCUCGGAAGCCAAGGUUCAGGUGUCAAAGCUUGUUCCUUAUGACACUCGUCGCCAGUGGGGCUACAUCACGACGAUCGCGAAGCUCGACUAUCCGGCAACCGAAGUGGACAGGCUCCAAAUGGAUUUGUGGAGUGCCAACUCAGCCAUCUACAACAACCCGGACAGCAUCGUGCAAAACCUGACGGCGCUGAUCAACCCGAAGAUUGACAUUCACGGUAAUCUCAACGGCGUCGGCGUCGGCGCCGGCGGCGCGCUGCCGUCAUCCAGUGGCGGCGGCAGCGGCGGCAGCGGCAACGGAGGCAACGGCGGCAACAACGGCAACAACAACGCGUUUGGAAACGGGAAGAUGGACCAGAAUGGCCCACAGAUGGCCACCACUGCCGGCAUCGCGAUGGGCGCUGUUGGCCUGAGCGUCAUGUACGGUGCGGCCAUGUUCAUCGUCGCGCGGCGAUACAAGCGCAAGAGGCAGGGCCACCGCCGGUCCAGCUCUGUGGCCAACAGUCAGGGUUCAUCCGAUGUGCAGUACACGGGAACCGGCAGCCCAGCACUGAUGGGCGGCGCCAUCCUGAGCCGAGACGGGUCGAACUACGGCGGUGCCGGCGGCCGAGACAGCCACGGCAGCGGACGCACAGGCAACUCUGCGCGCACGGCCAACAUUUCUGCUCCCGUCGCCGCGGAGAACUCGCUCGGCUGGAAUUGA